UCGCUUUUAACACCGAGAAACCGCCUUUCCCGGGAAGUGCUCUGUACGCGGGUUUGUCUGACGCAAUAGGCACAGUUAAAACUAUAUAUCGUGCGUGCUGGGCUGCAGUUCUUCAGUUAACCUGGAAUCGAAUCGACACGACCAUGAGCACGGGCGACAUCUACACGUCGGAGAAGAGGGGUGACGAUAAGGAAGGGGGCGGUACGAAGGAGAAGCCUUUUAAGACGGUUCUCCAGGCUAUGCGCCAUGUUGGAGGGGAGCCCUUCCCUACAAUUCACGUUGACCCGAGAGACGAGACGAAAUCGGGCACGGAUUAUGACGUCAUUUCCAAGUCUCAGUACAAAAAGUGUUUGAAACUUUGGCAGAAGGAGCAAAGCAGCGCAGAAUACAAAUCUACUCGAGAGGCGGAGGACGCCAUGAGGACGGAGAGGAACCUGGCAGAAACCAGGAAGGUGACAAUCAAGAUGGAUACCACUCUUCCCAAGCCGAAACUGAUCCGGAUAAGGGAGGCAACUAGAAACCGCAACACCAGGGUCAAGGUUGAAGGAUGGGUACAUCGUUUAAGGAGGCAAGGCAAAAACCUGAUGUUUGUGGUUUUGCGAGAUGGAAGUGGCUUCCUGCAGUGCGUGCUACAUGACGUACAGUGCCAGACCUACGAGGCCUUGACCUUGGCAACAGAGGCUACCAUUGCUGUGUUUGGCGUCAUCAAAGAGCUGCCAGCUGGGAAGACCGCACCGGAUAGUCAUGAGCUAUAUGCAGACUACUGGGAACUGAUUGGAACAUCCCCGGCAGGCGGUGCUGACAACCUGCUGAAUGAGGAGGUCCACGUGGAUGUGCAGUUGGACAACAGACACAUGAUGCUGAGAGGGGAAAACGUGAUGCGGUGGGGUAGCUUAGUAGUUAAAGCGUUCACUCGUCAUGCCAACGACCGGGGUUACUAUAAAUAUUAUAUUGCAUCUGUAAUAUUUUCUCGGGUAAUGAAUGACACUCUGUUGUCCCCCCAGGCAUACCUGACCCCGAGUUCCCAGCUGUACCUGGAGACAUGCCUGCCCUCUCUGGGGGAUGUCUUCUGUAUCGCACAGUCAUACAGGCCCGAGAGCUCCAAGACAAGGCGCCACCUCGCGGAAUACACUCAUGUGGAGGGUGAGUGUUCCUUCAUCGACUUCGACGGUCUGCUUGACCGACUAGAAGACUUGGUGUGCGACGUCGUGGACAGAGUGCUGAAGAGCCCGUACGGUCAAAUCGUGUAUGAACUGAACCCAGACUUCCAGCCACCGAAGAAGCCAUUCCGGAGGAUGCAGUACACAGAGGCUCUAACGUACCUCAAGGAACAUGACAUCAAGAAGGAAGAUGGCAGCUGGUACGAGUUCGGUGAUGACAUCCCGGAAGCACCCGAGAGGAAGAUGACGGACCAGAUUAACGAGCCAAUCUUCCUGUGUCGCUUCCCAGCAGAGAUCAAGUCCUUCUACAUGCUACGUAGCCAGGCUGACCACAGACUCACAGACUCGGUUGACCUCCUGAUGCCCAAUGUAGGGGAGAUAAUCGGUGGAUCCAUGAGGAUAUCCGAUCAGGAUGAGCUGGAGGCUUGGUUCAAGAGAGAGGGUAUUGACGUCACACCCUACUACUGGUACAUCGACCAGAGAAAAUACGGCUCCUGUCCCCAUGGCGGCUAUGGUCUGGGUCUGGAGAGAUUCCUGUGCUGGCUCCUGAACAGGUACCACAUCCGGGAAGUCUGCCUGUACCCGAGAUUCGUCGGCAGAUGCAGACCCUGAUCGAACAGACAGUGCGCGAGAACAACCGAAUGCUGGCAUUUUCCAGAAAUAAGAGGGAGAUAUUCGUUUUUAUACAGCUCCUAUGAUUCUAGUGAUCAGAACAUGGCUCAACAGUUUCCAUAAUACUUACAUGGGGAAACUCCUCAAUAUAAUCUUAUAAAAACAUGUACUGAUUGUUCAUGAUGGAAACGGAUUGUAGGUUACCGUUAGUAUUUUGUUCAUGCUACUAACACAGCAAGACAAAAGAUAUUAGUCAUUAUUUAAUUUCAAGAUUUCUAUUUUCUGUUGUUUAAUCUUAAUCAUUAUAAUGGAAUAGGAGAGUAUUUAAAUAUCAGCCUGAUGUUUUUUCAAUCAUGUUUUCUGAAAUUCUCAUUAAGCGCCGUAAAUUGAUUACACCUUUUAUUUUACUCUUUUUAUAUGGUUUUGAACAUAACAGCUUUGGCGACAGAUUAUUUUCUUGAAAAUGACUGAAAUUACGAAAGAAAGAAUUACCUUAACAGUGUAUGAAAAAAGCCAAAACCCCAGCCAGACAUCAACUUAAAAAUGUUACCAGUCCAAAAUGUAUUUAACCAGACCAGACAACAAAAUAUGACUCAGAUGUAUAUGACAUCUAAUCUUUUUACCAGACCAUGGGGCUGGCUAGCUGUAAAUCUAGACCGUCCGUCUGAAAUAUAACCAGUCUCGGGCGGUCGGACGGGCCAUAUUUCAUACACUGCCUUAAAUCGGACACCUGUAUGUUUGUGAUGGCUAAGCUGCAAUAUAUCGUCAAAUACAACCCUCUCAAGCGGUUUAUACAAUUGGUCUAGUAGUUGUUCAGAUAUGCAAAUAUUAAAACGAGGUUAAAGCAGUUUACAAAUAGCUGAUUUUGUCAAAACAUAUGAAGGUUUUCUAAGCUAUAACUAGUAAACCAUCUAUCAUUUACUGAAUAAACUAUAGACAUGUUCAU